GUCGGGCCGUAUUUAGAAGAUUGGGAUAUAUUUACUCAGUUUAGUGAACUCCGAGAAAUGUCUGAAAGUACUUACAAUUAUUUAUGUCUUCUGGGAGGGACAGUAGCUUCUGCGGCAUGUCUUCACCAGACCAGUUUGCUGUUUGGAGCUCGAGUCAGACCUUCACAAGUUGUUUUUCUCUUCAUCGGAGCGGUUUCAGCACAUCAGGGUUGCCUCUGCCCUUUGGCUCAGCCCUCAGCUGCCGUUCUAAGGAAGCCUUUGCCCUUCGUGAAAUCAGUGCUGCCUAGGCUGUAUGGGAGCUGCUUAGAGGCAGUCUCGUUGGGGAGGUCAGGAGAGAGAAUCGUAUCCCUCUUCUGCAAGGAGCUCCAAUUUCAAAGACUUACCAGAGAACUGGAAGUGGAAAGGCAAAUUGUGGCUAAUCAGCUAGAAAGAUGUAGGCUUGGAGCAGAGUCACCAAGUAUCGCCAGCACAAGCUCUACUGAGAAAUCAUUUCCUUGGAGAUCAUCAGAUGCUCCAGCCACCAGUGCAAACAAACCCCGCGUGCCAGAGAGUGCUCAUACCAAUGCCUAUCACGUCAGAGCAGAACCGGAGCAAGGGAACCUCUACUCUCCGGAACAGACAUCUCUCCAUGAAAGGUCUGUAGGUAACUCAAGAAGUUCAACACAAAUGAAUUCUUAUUCUGACAGCGGGUACCAGGAAGUAAGCAGUUUCCAUAACAGCCAAAACUUGAGCAAAUCAGAAAACAGACAACAGCAUUCCGUUAUUGGAACAGCUAAUAACCACUUGGUGAGAAGUUCACGAGCUGAAGGACAGGCUUUAGUUCAGCCUUCAGUAAAUAUUGCUGCCAACCGAACCAUGAGACGCGUUAGCUCCGUUCCAUCCAGAGCGCAGUCUCCCUCCUACGUGGUCAGCACAGGUGUUUCUCCUUCACGGGGGUCGCUGCGAACGUCCCUGGGUAGCGGGUAUGGCUCUCCGUCGGUUACCGAGCAAAGAGCCCUUACUUCUAACGCGUAUUCGUCCACUACGCUGCCGGCGCAGCGGGCUGCAUCCCCGUAUGCUGCCCAGCGACCUGCCUCCCCGACAGCUGCGCGGCGGAUAUCCAGGCAGGCGUCGCAUCCCAACGGCGGUGCUGCCCAGUACCCGACGUCGGUCAGGAUCGGCUCCCCUCUGGCCCUCACUGAUGUCCAAGCCAGAGUAGCUUCUCCCUCGCAAACCCAGCUAGGAUCUUCUUCCCCAAAACGCCCUGGCAUGACUGCAGUCCCGCAGCAUUUGGGAACAACGUUACAAAGGACAAUUCACGAUAUGGAACAGUACGGGCAGCAGUACGAGAUAUACGAGAGAAUGGUCCCUCCACGUCCAGACAGCCUUACAGGCCUGAGGAGCUCAUAUGCAAGUCAACACAGUCAAGUAGGACAAGAACUGCGAUCCACUGUGUCUCCCGACUUGCACAUCACCCCUAUCUACGAAGGCAGAACUUACUACAGUCCCGUGUACCGCAGUCCAAAUCACGGGACGAUCGAGCUGCACCAGGGAUCCCAGUCAGCCUUGUACCGAACAGGGUCAGGAGUUGGAAACCUUCAAAGGUCGUCCAGUCAGCGUAGCACACUCGCAUACCAAAGAAACAACUAUACCCUGAACACGACGGCGACCUACGCGGAGCCCUACAGGUCGGUGCCGUAUCGCCUCUCGGAGCCUGGCUACGGCAGGCUGCAGCACGCGGUGCCCGCUGACGAUGGGACGACGCGGUCGCCGUCCAUAGACAGCAUCCAGAAAGACCCCAGGGAGUUUGCCUGGCGAGAUCCAGAGCUGCCUGAAGUCAUUCACAUGCUUCAGCACCAGUUCCCAUCGGUUCAGGCGAACGCGGCUGCCUACCUCCAGCACCUGUGCUUCGGAGAUAACAAAGUGAAAACAGAGGUGUGUCGGCUAGGAGGAAUCAAGCAUCUGGUCGACCUCUUGGAUCACAGAGUCCUGGAAGUGCAGAAGAACGCUUGUGGCGCACUGAGAAACCUCGUUUAUGGAAAGUCUACUGAUGAAAACAAAAUAGCAAUGAAGAACGUUGGUGGGAUACCUGCCCUUUUACGAUUGUUAAGAAAAACUAUUGAUGCAGAAAUAAAAGAGCUUGUAACAGGGGUCCUCUGGAACUUGUCCUCGUGCGACGCGGUGAAGAUGACCAUCAUCAGGGACGCUCUGUCCACGCUGACCAGCACCGUGGUCGUGCCCCACUCCGGGUGGAACAGCUCUUCCUUCGACGAUGAUCAUAAAAUUAAAUUUCAGACUUCCCUCGUUCUGCGCAAUACUACCGGAUGCCUGAGGAAUCUAAGCUCUGCAGGUGAAGAAGCCCGAAAACAAAUGAGGUCUUGCGAAGGGCUGGUCGAUUCGCUGCUAUACGUGAUCCACACGUGUGUGAACACGUCAGAUUAUGACAGCAAGACAGUGGAGAACUGUGUGUGUACCUUGAGAAACCUUUCUUACCGUCUGGAAUUGGAGGUACCUCAGGCGCGUCUGCUGGGCAUUAAUGAAUUGGACGACUUGUUAGGAAAGGAAUCGCCUAGCAAAGAUUCAGAGCCAAGCUGCUGGGGGAAAAAAAAGAAGAAGAAAAAAAAAGCUUCACAGGAGGAUCAGUGGGAUGGAGUGGGCCCUAUACCAGGAUUUUCCAAGUCUCCUAAAGGGGUAGAAAUGCUGUGGCACCCAUCUGUGGUUAAACCGUACCUAACCCUGCUCGCGGAAAGCUCCAAUCCAGCCACCCUAGAGGGCUCCGCGGGAUCCCUCCAGAACCUUUCCGCAGGCAACUGGAAGUUUGCAGCGUACAUUCGAGCUGCUGUCAGAAAAGAAAAAGGACUGCCAAUCCUCGUGGAGCUGCUGAGAAUGGAUAACGACAGAGUUGUUUCUUCCGUGGCGACUGCCUUAAGGAAUAUGGCAUUAGAUGUUCGUAACAAGGAGCUUAUUGGUAAAUAUGCUAUGCGAGAUCUGGUGAACCGACUUCCCGGAGGCAAUGGUCCAAGCAUACUGUCUGAUGAGACCGUGGCAGCAAUCUGCUGCGCUUUGCAUGAGGUCACCAGCAAAAACAUGGAAAAUGCCAAAGCCCUCGCCGAUACUGGAGGAAUAGAAAAACUGGUGAACAUAACAAAAGGGAGAGGUGACAGAUCUUCACUGAAAGUGGUCAAGGCAGCUGCCCAGGUACUGAAUACGUUAUGGCAAUACCGAGACCUCCGUAGCAUUUAUAAAAAGGAUGGAUGGAAUCAGAGUCAUUUUAUUACACCAGUGUCAACACUAGAGCGAGAGAGAUUCAAAUCGCAUCCUUCUUUAUCGACAACAAACCAACAGAUGUCACCUGUCAUACAGUCAGUUGGCAGCACAUCCUCAUCACCGGCUUUAUUAGGAAUUAGAGAACCCCGCUCUGAAUAUGAUAGAACACAACCCUCUCUGCAGUAUUACAAUAACCAAGGUGAUGUCAUUACACAUAAAGACAUAUAUACUGGUUCCAGCAAACCUUCACCAAUUUACAUCAGUUCCUAUUCCUCACCAGCAAGAGAACAAAAUAGACGACUACAGCAUCAGCAAUUGUACUACAGUCAAGAGGAUACCAACAGAAAAAACUACGAUGCAUACAGGUUAUAUUUGCAGUCCCCACAUAGCUAUGAAGACCCGUAUUUUGAUGAUCGAGUUCACUUUCCUGCUACUUCAGAUUACACAACACAAUAUGGACUGAAAUCAACCACAAAUUAUGUAGACUUUUAUUCCACCAGACGAUCUUCUUAUAGAGCAGAACAAUACCCAGGUUCACCCGACUCCUGGGUGUAGCAUUAAAGAAAAAAAAAACAGUAUAUUUCUCAUCUUGCUUGAGAAGAAGUGGAAUGGCCUCAUUUGCUGUUUUGGUGAUGAAAUGUGAAAGUGAAAUAAAGGAAGGAACAAAGAAGAUUUUUUUUUUUAUAAGGAAUUAUGAGGAAGGUGCAAGAAAAACUGGAAGGGAUGGGGUUUUUUGCUCUGUUUAGAUGUUAGGUAUAAUUACUUGUAGCUCCUGUAGUCUGGUGAGGGUGUGGGCGAUGUGAUGAAAGGUUUGAGAAUUGAGUAAAAUGAAUUCCAAAAGUGUGUAGGUCAGAGCAAAUUAAAGCUGAUUUUUUUAAUGUGAAUAAAAGUCUUGUUCUGAUAGUUUGUACAGAAAAAAAUAAAAUGGAUGCCCUGGUUUUAUUGCUAUUACUAAAUGUCAAGAUUGUAUGCUAUUACGUCUUGUAAAUUUAUUUUGUUGGUGUAAAUAUGGAAAUGCCACAUUGGUUAAAAGUGCCAUCAUUUGUAAUGCAGUGUGUCAUUUUAAAACACAUUUGAAACAUCAUACAAAAAAAAAAUCCAAGAAAGUGUUAUAAAUUAAAAAAAAAACCUUUUUAAAAUGAAUAGUGUAAAUCUGAAGCACAAAGUCCAGUCCAGUAUAUCUACACCUUUCCCAUUCCCUGCCUCUUUCAUAAGAAACUUCACUGCCAUUUUCUAUUCACAUGGAAGAACAAUAAAUAUGGAAGUCUCAUCCAUGGAAAGUUGUUCCCUGUUCCUUUUUUUUUAUUUUCUGCGUGUGAUAUUCAGAAAAAAAUACAGUGAAUGUGAAGUCAAAUUGCAUGUUAUAAGCAGGUUAAAUAUAUCAAAACCAUUUUGGCCGUUUUCCCAGCUUCCUACAGUUUGUUCAGGCUGGCCUACCAAAGCGUGAAAUUAUGCACUUUCCUCUCUUUUUUCCCCUAGACUAGUAUUUUUACUUUUGAUAUGGGCAAUCCAAGAUAUUUCACAACACUACCCUGUUGUCUUGCCACCAUUUCCUCUACUCCUUCCCUUGCUCCCCUGCAAAGAAAAUUAAGAUCAUCUUGCUUUCAUAGAAAUUACAGUCUCCAUUCCGACUAGCUGAAGAAUGUUUUGCUUAGAUCUAUUUACAAUCCCAAUUUUUAAUUUUUUUAAAAAGUAACUAAAUCGUAUACUUUCUUCAUGCUUUAGGGUCUAUUAACUUUACACUGUCUGUAAUCAUAAGUAUCAUUACCCAUCACUGCACUAUUGCAUCAAUCAAAUGAGAAAAGCUGAGCAGAAUUGCUCUCAAGUUCAGAUAGCAAGCCAAAUUCACUUUUCCUGCUGCUGCCCCCGAUUGUAAAAGGGAAAAGAAAUGAAGGACAACAGCCCAAUAAAAGUAAUGAAUUAGAUCUUGACUUCCGUGUAGAGCUAUGCGAUUCCCAUUGAUUGCAGUGUGACCACAUGUGUGUUCCUGAGGGCAAUAUGGUCCAGUACUGUGCAGAUGGUGCCUUGCCUUUCCAAAAAGACUGUUUUUUUUCUUUUAAGGCAGAAUAUAGUUUCCAUUUACUUCACACUGACUUUUUCCUGUAAGAACAAUUUCCACACUGAUCUUUCAUCAUAGUUCUAGCUGCCUUCAAAGUCAGUUGUAAGCUGGUUCACAGAUAAAUGUAGAUCAAUGUUGAUCUGUUUGUUACCUGUUAUAUGGUAUGCCUAUAACUUACUAAAGGUGAUAAGCUCUCUGAGCCAGAUGCACUUAUCUGGCAUUUCAUUGUCCCUAGAAGACUAAAUUAGCUUCAGAUAACAAAAUGGUAUACUGUUUCUCUGAAAAAGGUCAUAGUGUGUUAUCAUUAUUUUCUUCUCUGAAUCCGCUAAUAGCUCUCAAAAAAAAAAAAAAAAAAAAAAAAAAAAAAAAAAAAAGAAGUUAGUCAUUUCAAUGUAACAAACAGCUGUAUGAUGGAAUGAUUUUUUUUUUGCUUCUCACCUGAGGCUGUUUCAUAAAGAUCAAAAGCAGUAAGAUCUGGGACAGCACCACAACCUGGAUCUUCUGUGCUGUAGCAUAUAUAUUUAUGUUCAUUUUCUUUUUUUAUUGGUCUCAUUUAUUUAUGUAUUUUACACAUUGUUAUGUCUUGGUGCUAUACUGAUUAAAAUGAUCUGUACAGUA